CAACUCUCUCUCUCUCUCUCUCUGCCUUUCUCUAAGAAGUAGGAAUUCGCCAUCUGUGAGCACAUGAGACCUCCGAUCAUCUGCAUCUUCUUCUUCCUGUACCUCCUCCACCUAUCUUUCAAUUUCAAUGUUGCCGGCGCCGGCGAUAGCUCCGGCAAGACGGCCGGAGGAAAUCCGUUUACUCCCAAGGCCUAUCUCAUUCGUUACUGGAAGAAAGAGGUGUCCUGCGACUUGCCAAAACCCUGGUUCCUUCUCAACAAGGCCUCGCCAAUGAGCGCCGAGGAAUCGGCCAGAUUCUCCAAACUCGCCGAUCAGAACGCGCUUUCCUCCCAGCUCUCCUCGUUCUGUACCGCCGCGAACUUGCUCUGCCCCCCCGAUCUAUCGCCCAGUCUGGAGAAGCACGACCCGAACGCCAACUUCGCCAUGUAUUCCAACAAGAACUUCUCAAACUACGGCACCGACCGGCUCGUCGGAGUCGACUCGUUCAAGAACUACUCCGACGGAGAGAAUGUCGUAGAAGGCUCGUUCCAGGGGUACAGCCGUCACUCGACGGCUCACAAGGAGCGGUUUUCUAACUACGCACCCGACUCCAACUUCGUCGACCGGAUGACUUUCAACACAUACGCCGCCGCCGCCACCGGCGGCGCCGGCGAGUUCACCGGCUACAACCAAGGAUCCAAUCUCCCGAACCUCCAGUUCACCUCCUAUUCCGCCGACGGAAACGCACAUAGCCAGUCGUUCACUACAUACACAGAAACGGCCAAUGCCGGCGUUGAAUCCUUCGCGAGCUACGGGAAGAACGAGAAUGCCGCUCAGAAUGAGUUCAGAAGCUACGGGGAGCACUCGAACGUGAUGGGCUCGUCCUUCAAUGGCUACGGCGAGUCGGCGAAUGCCGCCACCGACACAUUCACUUCAUACGGCUCGGAUGGUAAUAUACCGGCGAACAGAUUCAAAAAUUACGGCGAAGGCGGUAACCGGCCGAUUGAGACAUUCAAGAAUUACAGAGAUCUGGCAAAUAUCGGCGACGAUUCGUUCCAGUCAUACGGGAAGAAAUCGAACGCGGCGAGACUCAAUUUCCUGAACUAUGGACAAUACACCACUGCAGGGACCGAGAGUUUCGCCGGAUACGGCGAGGGAGCUUCCGGCCAGGCCGUCGCAUUCAAGAUCUACGGAGCUGCCAACAACUUCACCGACUAUGCGAAUAAGAAGGCCGUCUCGUUCGCCAGUUACACAAACAGAAGCUCCGCUGAAUUGACAUCAAUGGCGGCAACUGGAAAUGGCAAAGUUGUAAAUAGGUGGGUGGAGCCGGGCAAAUUCUUCCGGGAGAAAAUGCUGAAGCCUGGGACUGUGAUGUCAAUGCCAGACAUUCGCGAUAAAAUGCGGAAAAGGUCGUUUUUGCCCCGGCCGAUUUGGUCGAAAUUACCGUUCUCGACCUCGAAGCUCGCCGAGCUGAAACGAAUCUUCCACGCCGGCGAGGGCUCGACCAUGGAAAAAAUUCUGUCGGAGGCGCUGAGCGAGUGCGAGAGAGCGCCGAGCCGAGGCGAGACCAAGCGCUGCGUCGGCUCGGCUGAGGACAUGAUCGACUUCGCCGUCUCCGUGCUCGGCCGGAACGUGAUGGUCCGUACAACGGCGAACACGGAGGGGUCAAAGAAGGACGUGAUGAUCGGAUCGAUCAAGGGUAUCAACGGCGGCAAACUCACCAAAUCGGUCUCAUGUCAUCAGAGCCUGUUCCCGAACCUACUAUAUUAUUGUCACUCGGUCCCGCAGGUUCGGGUCUACGAAGCGGAUCUUCUCAACCCGAAAUCGAAAUCCAAGAUCAACCACGGUGUUGCCAUAUGCCACGUGGACACGUCGGCGUGGAGUCCGGGUCAUGGAGCCUUUGUGGCUCUGGGUUCGGGUCCGGGCAAGACUGAGGUCUGCCACUGGAUCUUUGAGAAUGACAUGACCUGGACUACUGCUGAUUAAGGCACUCAAACUAAAAGGGUUUGAAAAUUUGAAAAUAAAACCAAGUAUCAAUCUAAGGAGAAAUAGCAAAAGGCAUAAUGGGAUAUACUCA